AGGGAAAUGGGUACUUUGAAGAAAAAGCGCGAAAAAAACAAUGAGAAUGAGGCUACCGAGGAAAAUUUUUUGCGCCAAGCAAAAGAGAAGAAACACAAACGUAAAGUGCGAAUAGCAGAAGGUUUACCUGAAGUAUCUCAUGAUGUAGAGACGUCUAACGAUACAACGAAGGCUCAAAAAGCAGAAGUACAAGUCGAGGCGGAAGGAGGGCCACGGAAACGAAAGCGUAUACGCAAGAACAAGCAUCACAAGAAACAGCAAGGAGACUUCAAAAGACCAAAACUGAGUGUGGUAGAGCCAGAAGUUGGUGCUAAAACAUUUAGCGACUUCGAUAUUGAUGAAAGAAUUCUGAAGGCAAUUGGCAAUCUUGGAUGGAAAUGGCCAACACAGGUACAAGAAUCAAUGUUUUCUUUGGCUUUCGAAGACAAGAAUAUCAUGGCUAGAGCUCGAACUGGAAGUGGCAAAACUGGAGCAUAUCUUAUCCCGAUCAUACAAAAGUGCAUUGCUUACUCGCAGGACGAUGGAGAGCCGCAAGGACCAUCAGCCUUGUUCAUUGCCCCAACGAAAGAGUUAUGCGUGCAGAUUAACGAUCUCUUGGUUAAACUGCUAGAACCCUUGCCAUUUCUGCGCACUUUGAAUCUCUCUGAUUUGACAUCAGAAGAGAAGUCUGUAUGGGAAAAUGACUUUGCACAUUUUGUUGUGUCUACGCCUGGCAAAAUUCUUGAAAUGCUGGUAGCCCGUCCGAAUUUUUGCAAGGAUGUUCGGCAUCUUGUACUUGAUGAGGCUGAUCUACUGUUGUCUUUUGGAUACGAAGAGGAAAUGAGUGCUCUGAAGCAGUAUCUUCCCGCCAACUAUCAAUGCAUUCUUACCUCAGCUACUAUCACAGAUGACAUGAGUGCUUUGAAGAGUUUGUUUAUGGUUGGACCAGUGUUAACAUUGAAACUAAAGGAAGGCGAUCUUCCCGAUGUUGAUCAGCUGACACAAUAUCAAAUCACAUGUUUGGAUGAUACUGAGCGUUUCGCUAUCCUAGUAGCAAUGUUCAAGCUUCGUCUCAUCGUGGGAAAAACUAUAAUCUUCGUUAAUGAUACAAAUCGGUGCUACUUGACUUCACUAGUUUUGCGAGCAUUUGGGCUGAAGACAUGCAUCCUAAACUCAUCUAUGCCUGCUAACUCUCGGUUUCAUGUUAUCAAUCAAUAUAAUAACGGUGCAUGUGAUAUUGUAAUAGCCUCGGACGCUUCUGACGCCUUUGGCAGUGACAGUGUUCAACCAAAGGAGUCGGGCCGUCGAGAUAAAGAGUCCGGCGUUUCUCGCGGAAUUGAUUUUCAUCAAGUGGGCAAUGUCGUAAAUCUGGAUUUCCCGACGUCUACUGACAAUUACAUCCACCGCGUUGGAAGAACAGCACGAGGACGGAACAAAGGCACGGCUUUGUCGUUUUGUACGCCUGCCGAGCGACCGUACUUGGACACAGUCCAAGAGGAGAUUAACACUCAGAUGGGCAGCAAAGUUAUCAUCCCGUACGAGAUUCGCAUCAAAGAGUUGGAUUCUUUUGUACUUAGAACGAGGGAAGUGCUUUCGAAGUGUGGGAAGUCAGUAAUCAAGGCAGCUCGGAUGCAGGAGAUCAAGCUGGAGAUCAUGAGAUCGGCGAAGUUGCAAUCUUUCUUCGCAAAUAACCCAAGAGAAAAGACUCUGAUGGAAACGUCAACGAGACCGACAACUGUAGCUGUGCAUACAACCGCCAUCGCAGAUGUGCCCGACUAUAUGGUACCAAAAUCCUUACGAGGGAUAAACUUUUCUGUGAGCACAAAGAGAAAAGUAAAACCUGGUCAACGCCAUCGACGGAAACUUCAAGGGAAAUCAAUAAACCAGAAACUCCACAAUCGUAAAAAGAAUGACCCGCUGACAAAUUUCAAGAUCUGAUUUUUAAUUUAUUAGAAUAACAAAGUUCCUAGCUAUUCUUACAUUAGUAGAAUCGCAUGGCUUAGCCUUCGCAUGUUACCUCCCGUUCUUUUCUUUGCUCCUCAAUGCGUGGUUAUGAAAUGAGCUCAUGGCUGGCUACCGAAUAC